GCCUUCUGCUGCUGUUCUACAUUCUUUUCUGCUUUUCUCUGAAAAUCCUAAAAUCAAAAGGGAUUUAUAUACAGGAAAACCAGACCAUGUGACUAUUGCCUAAUUCGGUAACUAAUUUGAUGAUUUUAAAAUUAAGCGCGGUGUGAGUCAAAAAUUUUCACUGGAAAGACGAAAAAAAAAAUUUAUAUAAAUUGUGGCCUAAGUGGAUAUAUUUCUAUUCAUUUUAAAAUUUUACAUUAGUUAUUACUUGAUAAGCUAGGAUCAUUAUAGAUAAAUAGACAUGUCACCAGCUGCAGCAUCAUCCGACAAGAAGCAAUCUGGUCUUGCCAGAGUUUUAGGUUCAGCCUCUGCUGGUAUUUGUGAAAUUGCUGUUUUCCAUCCUGUUGAUACUGUCUCCAAGAGAUUGAUGUCCAAUCAUACUAGAGUUGCCAACUUAACUCAAUUGAAUAGUGUUGUGUUUAGAGAACAUGCUGAUAAAGUGUUAGGUAAACGUUUAUUUACUUUAUUCCCAGGUUUGGGUUAUGCUGCUGUUUAUAAAAUUUUACAAAGAGUUUAUAAAUAUGGUGGUCAACCAUUUGCUAAUGAAUUCUUAACUUCUAACUUUAAGGAUGAUUAUUAUUCUUAUUUCGGUGCUAAGACUGGUAAAGCUUUAUUAUCUGCCACUGCUGGUUCAUUAAUUGGUAUUGGUGAAGUUGUUUUAUUACCAUUAGAUGUAUUAAAGAUUAAACGUCAAACAAACCCUGAAUCUUUCAAAGGGAGAGGAUUCCUUAAAAUCAUUGCUGAUGAAGGGUUUGGAUUAUAUAGAGGUUGGGGUUGGACUGCUGCUAGAAAUGCUCCAGGUUCAUUUGCUUUAUUUGGAGGUAAUUCCUUUGCUAAAGAAUAUAUUUUUGGAUUAUCUGAUUAUUCAUCUGCUACUUGGACUCAAAACUUUGUUACCUCUAUUGUGGGUGCUUCAGCUUCAUUAAUUGUUUCUGCUCCAUUAGAUGUUAUCAAGACUAGAAUUCAAAAUAAAAACUUUGAUAAUCCAGAAUCAGGUUUUACUAUUUUAAAAAAUAUGGCUGCAAAAGAAGGUAUUUCAUCUUUCUUUAAAGGGUUAACUCCAAAAUUAUUAACUACUGGUCCUAAAUUAGUAUUUUCAUUCGCAUUAGCUCAAUCUUUGAUCCCAGCUUUUGAUAAAUAUAUCAAGUAAUAGACUCCAUCCGUAGAAUCAUCUUUUUACUUCUAUCAAAGAUCAUCUUUCCAUAUCUUUUAUUUUAUUUUAUUUAUUUUAUAUUUUAUAUUAUUUUAUAUUUUUAGUUCAUUGUAUAUAGUCAUCCAAUCUAAU